CGUGGAUGCGUUGUGAGCGAGGACGUGUCCCGUCGUCUCUCUGUGGAACUCGAAUUCCGUCAUUGUAACGAAAUCUCCAUACCUUCACGAGUGCAUUUCACCUGCAACGAAAGAAGCCUAGACGAUAGUGAGAGAAAACAAUAGGUUGUGUUAUCGACUCGGAGCAAGAUGAAGGCUGCGCUGGAGAAGCAAUUAAAGAGAAUCGGGGAAACCUUUAAAAAGGAGGUUCCUGAAGCGCCUCCACCAGCGGAAGAAGUCCCUCCUCCGUCAGCACAGAGCAUCCCCGCCCUGGCCAAUGCCAAGGCUAUCAGUUACAAGCAGUAUGGGAGUGGAGCACACUCUGAUAUGUCAAUCAGUGACACAACCAUGGAAGUCCUGAGCAAGUUACGAGACACUGUGAGCCGAGGUGUGACCUCGGCUGUUUCCCAAGUUUCAAGCGUCCUACCUGGCAACCCUGUCACCAGGGAGUAUGAAGUAACUCGUCACAUUGCCAGCGCAGGACCUGGCCUCAUGUGGAAGGUGUAUGAAGGGGUGAAGAAAUCAACAAAACAGGCAGCUUCUGUAUUUGUGUUUGAGAAGAAGCAGUUGGAGAGGUUCCCCAAUCGGAGAGACCGAGAGAUCAUUCUAGAAACGCUCAAGAAGGGUGUUCAUCAGCUUACUCGCCUUCGUCAUCCAAAUAUUCUCGUCGUCCAACAUCCCCUAGAAGAAUCAAGGGAUAGCAUAGCAUUCGCCACAGAGCCAGUGUUAGCCAGUCUUGCAAAUGUACUCGGGUCACACGAAAACAUGCCUUCGCCCUUGCCGCCCACGCUGUGCAACUACAGCUUGUUUGAGGUGGAGAUCAAGUAUGGCAUUCUUCAACUUUGUGAAGGUCUUGCAUUCCUCCAUGGCGAUGUGAAGAUGUUACACCGGAAUAUCUGCCCUGAAUCCAUCCUCAUCAAUUCGUCCGGGGCCUGGAAGAUCGCUGGCUUCGACUUUUGCACGCCUAAUCAGAACACAGAAACCUCACAGCCAUUCUGGCCAUUCCAAGAGUAUGAUGCUGGGCUCCCAGGAGAGGCCCAGCCGAACCUGGAUUUCCUUGCCCCUGAAUAUGUACUCACGCAACAUGUGGACACUGGGAGUGACCUCUUCUCCCUUGGUUCCUUGAUCUUCAUCCUCUUCUCACAUAAGAAAUCCCUCUUCCAGAACAAUGGCUCUUGGGAGAGCUUCAGGCGUCAUGCUUACGAGCUUGAUUCACUGUCUUUACGUGAUUUGGAAUGCAUUCCAUCUGACCUAAGAGAGCAAGUGAAAAUGCUGCUGAACCCCACAUCUCAUCUCCGUCCUGAUGCUCAUCAACUAAUCAAGGUGAGCUACUUUGAGGAUGUACUUGUGAAGACAUUAAGUUACUUAGAUGCCCUCUACCAGUGGGAUAACCUGCAAAAAUCCCAGUUUUACAAAGGUCUCCCCCAGAUCUUGAACAAUCUACCACAUCGGGUCAAUCUUCACAGAGUGGUACCUUGCCUGGUGAAGGAGUUUGUGAAUCCCCCAAUGAUCCCAUUUGUCCUUGGCAGUGUUCUCAUGGUGGCUGAGAAUGCUAACAAAGAGGAAUUCGUUCAAUAUAUCCUCCCUCAUUUGAAACCAGUUAUGAAGAUCAAGGAGCCGAUCCAGGUGAUACUGCUCCUGCUUUUACAAAGAAUGGAGUUGCUUCUAUCAAAGACACCUCCCUCAGAUGUGAAGAGUGAUGUCCUACCACUUGUCUACCACUCUCUGGAGUGUGAUUCACCGCAGAUUCUGGACCUGAGCCUUGCGAUCAUCCCCACAUUUGCAUCCCUUGUUGAUUACCCAUCCAUGAAGAAUGCGCUCCUCCCCCGAAUCAAGAAGCUCUGCAUCAAUGCCAGCCUUCUAUCGGUUCGAGUGAACUGCCUGGUGUGUUUGGGGAAACUGUUAGAUCAUCUGGACAAGUGGUUAGUGUUGGACGAUGUUCUCCCUCUCCUUCCUCAGAUCCCAUCUCGAGAACCAGCUGUAAUAAUGGGCAUCGUGGGGAUCUAUAAGUUGACCGUGGAACACAAAAAGUUGGGGAUCACAAAGGAAAUCUUGGCCACGAAGGUUCUCCCAUUCCUCUUACCCCUUUGCAUCGAGAAUGGACUCACGUUGAACCAGUUCAAUGCUCUCAUGACCCUGGUCAAGGACAUGUUCGUGCGCAUCGAAACCGACCAGAGGGCCAAGAUCGAACAGCUCCAGACCAUCAAGGAUGAGCAAAAGAAUGCGUUGGAAACGACGUUGUCAGCACCUAAGAAGGAUGAGCUGAUUGGAGGUCUGCCGAGGGAGAAUCUAGGGUCUACAUCUGCAACAGAGGCCCUAUACCAGAGCUUGGGCUUGGCCUCAUUCCAGGACUCCACCGUAGCCAAAGCUGCAGAAAUGGGGAGUGCGUCAAAGACGUCAUCCGUCUCUGCCUCUCCCGGCAUUCCGCCGUCAGCCGGACUCUCACUCGCUGACAAACAGCGGUUGGCCAAGGAGAAGGAGCAGCAACGGCGAUUGGAGAUGGAGAAGCCGUUACAGCCGAAACCGUCUCCGAUUGCGAACAGGAUGGAAGGACCGAAGGACCUCACGUCCCAACUCAUCCAUUCCAAUCUGGUGAUGAUGGGGCAUAAGCAACCCUUGGCACCGGCCGGUUUCUCCUCGGCCCCGUUCCGGAGCUCUUCGACGUUGGGUGGGAAUGCCCCUCCUCCCACGUGGGUGCCGGGCAUUACCCCUGCUCCUCAGCCUCAGGUGAUGCCAUUUUACUCCCCAAGACCCAGUCCAGGGCCGGUUACGCACCAAAUCCAGUUUCCUCCCAUGGCCCCCCUUGCCAACAGUACCAGUCCGCCUCAAACGGCGCUCAGUUCAUUUGAUAUAGAUGACCUACUCAGCUAAUAUACAUAUAACAUUGCUUAGGUGUUUUUCAGUCAUUCUGUGAAAUGGUCACUUGUGAUAUCCAUAUCCGAUUUUUCUUCGAGUUUUCCAAUUUGAAAGUUCUCAUUCGUCUUAUCUUUUUCAUGUAUCGUGCUAAGAUCUACUGGAGUAUUUAUGUCAAUCAUUCACUCAGCUGAUGUCAUGGUGUACCCUGAUACCCAACCCCUUCGGUCGGUUUAUGGUGCAAAUUGCUUCCAGAAAUAAAAAAACCUGAUUUUAAA